GCCUAUUCUCUAAAUAACCUGUUGAUCCAGUCAGGCUCACUCAGUCUCAGGAGGCAGCAGGCUUGGCUCUUCCUCUGCUCUGCUCUUCUUCCUCUUUCUCCUGGAUUUCAUCUGGACUGCAGCUCCAGCUGACUCACGAGAGAUCCAAGGACAAACCUGCCGGAGGAAAAAAAAAACUGGAAAGACUCGGCUGAAAUCGCCACAGUGGAAGAAGCAUGGACUGAGGGCCGGUCUGCGUGUGUUUCUCUGCGUCAUCCGAGCGCAUGUGUGUGUCUGUUUGUGUCUUAAAUGCGUCUAGCUGAAAGGAAAUCAUGUCAGCGAUACACACCUGGGCCUGCUUCCUCCUCUGGAUCAGCUUUUCCACACAGGACAAAACCCCAGAUGUCACUGUGAGGUGCCUGGUUUCGGAGGAGUGCGUGCUCCCCUGCAGCUUCCAGCCCGGCAGCGAGGAGACGGUGGAGUGGUUCAGACAGGGCGUGGUGGUGUACAAGUUCGAGCGCGACGACGACGAUGACGACGAUGAAGAGAAGCAGGAGGAAGAGGACAGCGACAGCAGCGAGGAGCACUCGGACCGCCAGCAGCUCUCGGGACGUGCAUCCGUCUUUCCGCACCUGAUUUCCCGCGGUAACGCCACACUGAUCCUCAGGGGGAGUGGUCUCAAGGACAGAGGCACGUACAGGUGUCACGUGCGCACGUCCAACGGCGAGCACAAUGCAAAAGUUAUCUUGAAGAUGGAAGCACCCAUCCAGGCCUUGUCCCUGGAGCUGUCGAGGCUGAGCGGCUACGAGGAGAUGAAGUGCACCGUCCGUAAUGUCUUCCCGGCUCCUCGGGUAACCUGGGCGACCGAACCACCCACUUUCGAGGCCCUCCGACCGGUCACACGCAUGCUGGCCGACAAACAGGGGCUGUACACGGCCGACAGCCGCCUCAGACUGAUCAGCGGACAGCCUAACCUCAUCUACAUCUGUAAAGUCACAACCCCUUACGGCAGUCCAACCUGGACCGCCUCCCUCAGGGAAACAGAAAUAAGAGGAGCUGAAGGUAGAGACCUGACCAUCCCCUGCUCUGCCCCUUCUUACCUGAACAACCCGUCCCUGGAGUGGAGCUUCUUCAACGGCAAGGACGUCUCCCACAUCCUCACCUACGACAGUCGGUCGGGGCAAAGCGUCUCCACGCCAUCUUGGCACGACCAUGUGGAGCUGGACAGCUAUGGGGUCCCGUUCGGAGACGGCUCUCUGAGACUGAUGGACCCCAAGCACUCGGAGCACACGGGCAGCUACACCUGCAUGUUCUCAAUGCCGCACAACACACACACUGAACGCACCGAUGUCACCAUUGACAGUCCUGUCGAUCAGCGAAGCACAUCUGAAGAAUCGUCUCACUGGUGGGUUGUGGGUCUGGUGAUCGCCGGGCUGGUUCUCGCUCUGGCAGGAAUGCUGGCGUACUUGAAGGUGAAAGGACGCUCAGGAAGGAAGCCCAGAAAUGACCCAGAGAGGGUGACAGAGCUGCAUUUAGUCAAAGAGUCGACAGCAGACAGUCCCCUGAAUGAGAGCAGCCCUUUGAAUGUCGGCGGCACGAACGGACAGUCGGGCCCCUAAACCGGCGCAACAGACGACAACCUGGCAACACCCAAACUAACAAAAAACUAACAACACAAACACACACAGCUACACACUGAAGAGGAACUAAAAACUUCAGAGUUUCCUCACAAACUUAUUUUAUUUUUUUAAUUAAAUUAUACUGAACACUUUCAAAUACCUGGGUGUUUCUGAAUAAGGAACUCUUCUUUGUCUGUUUGGGUUUUAGAGGAAACCCUGAGUAGAGAAUGCUUUUGAUGGAGGGUCUGUGAACCCACACCCUGCAGCUAUGAAUCUGCAGUUCUGUUCAGGAGCUUUUUUAGAGAAAACUUAACUGAAAACUGAACUUAAAGGUUCUCCAGUUUCCAUCCAGAGAACUAAGGAACUUUACCUGCAUGUUGGCACGGUUUGAAUUUAGUUUUUCUGCCACAGGACUUGGUCCUGGAAAGUGUCUGCUCAGGGGACAGGACUUCCUGGCGGACCACGAACCGUUGGAGCAGAACUUGAGGUUCACUCAGACGUCAAAAACAAAGCCUGUGGCUGCUUCCUGUGUACGGCUUUAAGGCCUGGUCACAACAGAAAGUGUUACAGCAAAAUAAAUCUGUGUCUCUGAAAUAUUUGGUUCUAGAUGUUUGUUGACAAAAUGACUAAGGGGACAGUAAAUUGAUGAAAAUGACUCACGGUGGUGUGACCACACCUUCAGUCAGACAGUGAGUAAGAGUCACCAGGGCACAGGGGGGAUAUUUGUUUGUCACUGUGGAGUUAAAUACAUGUGACAGUUCCUUUGAGGCAGAAAUGCACAAACUGAUUUAUGGUUCCUGAUUUAACAUCUGUGGUUGCUGGAACUAUUUUGUCCCCCCC